AUGUCUACCAAGCGGAUUGCGUUUCGAGUCCACGGCACUGUACAAGGCGUUGGCUACCGCUCAAACACUGACCUGGUAUCAAACAGCGACUUCACUCAAAAAUGUGCCACAAGCCAUGGCUUGAAGGGCUGGUGCCGCAACACCACGUGUGGUCGUGUUGAGGGCGAAAUUCAAGGCGAAGAGGAGACGAUCAAAAAACUGCUUCAACAGCUUGAUAAAGGCCCGCGAAUGGCUCACGUUGUGAAGAUGGAGAAAAAGGAGCUGAAGCCCAAGGAGGGUGAGGACCAUUUCUCCGUUAUGCGAACUAUGGAAUCCAGAUAUGCUUCUGAGGAUUGA